AUGCAAGAGGGGGGUGUUCCAUUGGGAACAGAAUCGGAAAGCUUCUCCAAUAGUUUCACUCCAGUGCGACGCGAUGAAUCAACAUUGAAUAAUUGGCGACUUGAUCAGGAUGCCGAAAAGGAUUGGACUACAGCUCGAUGCAAUCGUUUAUUGCGACCUUUGACCUCCCGAAUUUCAAUCCUACGUAAAAGUAAACAGAGCUCCCUCAACUGUGUAAAUGCCCAAUCUCAGAAGGGCAGAUCGCACGUUGAUUACAACGUCAACGCAUCAGGCGAUCCAAUCUGGGGUGCUCGAAAGAGGGUUAGUACGACAUAUAGCUGGAAAGCAACUUGUAAAAGAAGAGAUGCCAGAGGAUCGAGGCGACAUGUCAACAUCUCAGAGUCUUCUCUACAGUUACAACCAUAUGGGAGAGUGGUAGCCUCAACUGAUCUUUCAACUGAAGAUAUUGUAGUUCCAACGCCAGUGCUCAACCGAGCACGGAGACCAUCUGCACCGUGGAGACAAACCACCCCGCCCUAUCUCCCAAUAUGGACUAUACCUGAGGAUUGCCAACGCAGGAGGCCAAAGUCUAUUCUAGCUACCGAUGCGCCUAUUCGCGCUCACCCAACAGGUAAUAGCGCUCAAGUUUUGAGCAAGAUGCGGGGUACAAUGGGUGCUACUAGCUUUCAUACUCUAGAAGGUAUUUAUAAUGGCCUUGAUGCAUUACUAAAGGCAACACGUUCUACUACACAUAAGAAUCACAGAAGAGGACCUAAAUCAUUGCUAUCCAUGUGCCUCGCAACAGUACCAAAGUGUAUUACCAUGGAGGAAAAGUUAUUCUCUAGUGAGGUCAAAAAUGUAGGUUCUUACUCGACCAUUGAAAGGAGAGAUGUUUCCACAGAGACUUACGAUGGACUCGAGCGGUUUUUUGGCGUAUCUGAUCGGGGCUGGAAACACCUUCGAACUCUGGUUCGAGCUCAUGGUGUUCAGAUAAUUCGCGAUGCAAUUUUGGAAGGGCUUUUGGAAUUUAACUUUAGUGAACUACUCGUCGAUCUUUGUAUAUAUUCAGGACAUUACGACGAAGCAGAACUAUUACUUUCAAGUCUACUUUCAGUAUAUAAGUCUCCUGCUCCAAACCAAAGAGCUCAAAAUCAUGCAUUGCCUGGGCCACUGGCAACGCUUCGUAGCUUCGUGGAAGAAACAAUGCGUACUGGGUUUGCGUAUCGGCAAUUUUCCUUGUUGAUUCAAAGUGGAAACCUUCCGCUCCCAUGGGUAGCAACAUCAGCAUUUGCCCCCGUUUGGACUGGUUUGAUGCAGGAUUUAUCAUUGAAUCAUGCGAGAGCAGAUGCUACGAUGCUCAUGGAUGCCGUACUGCCACGCCUUGUAGACUACGUGUCACAGCCUGACUCCUCGUCGGAUACGGGCUUUCAUGAAAUAUGCAGAUCAACAUUGUUAAGCGUGCUGACGACUAUUACAUCUAUCAUACUCCUCAGCAGGGGUGAAGGGGGGCUUGAAGGCGAAGACGAGUGGGCAAUGUCUGAAUCCGUGCUCGACAAUGACAGUGCUGGAGGACUACCGGUAGCACUAGACACGCCCGCGGGAUACUUGACUUCACAUGAAAUACAUGAGUUUGACCACUUCACCAUCAUUAGCAGCGCUCAUUUCAAGCUUUUGAAGGAUUGUCUCAAGAUUAUCGGGCGUGAUAACAAGGAAACCGCUCUCAAAAGUACCAUUUUUCUCCUGGCAUGUCUAGUGACUGAGCCUAAUGCAGAUGAUAUCCCACAUCUCAUUAUCGACUCUCUGUACGAGACGUGUGUAGAACACACGGGGAAUACAAAGUCAAAUGACGAAGUCCCUUUUUCGUUUGUCCAGAAGCCGCUGUCUGCCUACGACGAGGCUGUUAAGUUUUUAACUUCAGUGGCUCGUUGUUGUGGAAAAGGAGCUUCUAACUCUGGUUUUGAAUAUCUCCAGUAUAUACAUCGGAGACUCAAAAAGGUGAAUACAGGUAGAGAUUUGAAGGCGAGGACUAUCUGGCACGGGAUUGUUGUGGAUAGCGCAUUUGCCUUCGCACGAGUGACGCCGGGCCAAAAAUAUCUCGACUAUGCGGAUUCUAUGGAUGGUGAGCUUCAUGCAGGUGGCUCAAAAAGACCUGAUUCGGGGAGAACAGAGGCUCGCCGUGAAUCGACAAGCUUUAGGUGGGAAGAAGGUAUAAGCUCUUGGGUAACAACAACACCUGCCACCAAUACCAACGAAAUCAAAGGCAUGACUAGCGACUUUGAAGAUGAAGAAGUCGAGCUUGAAUCACCUUCAGUUAUCCGCUCACAACGGCCUAUGCGACUAAGUCGAGGGACAAAGAGGAAACGUGAUAGUAUUGAGCACGAACAAUCUAUCGAGCCAGAAGUGCAAACACCAUCAACAACUCAAAUGGGAAUGCGAAGAAGGAACACCGCAUCCUUAGGCAUCUUCCAUAACAACAGCAGCGAUGAUGAACUCAGCUCCAGCCAUGGAUCAUUCGAAAAUCUUCGUGUUUUGAAAGAUCUCGGAAACGCGGGAUCUCGAAAUCGAUCGAAACUGGUCAAUGCUAAGCGUCAAAAAGGAUAUUCACCUACGAGGAAACAAUCGUCGCUAAGUGAGGAUGAAUUGGGUAUGUGA